CAGGGGAGGCGAAUUUGACCGCGUCUGCUCCAAGCUAUAUACAUUAUUGAAAUCUCAUCGCAGAGUGGUUGGGUUUUGUCUACUUGUCAGAACCCAGAUCUGUGAUUUUGCUGGGUUUUGCGUAAUUCGUCCAGAGUUCGGAUUCAAUUUCAUCAAUUAAGAGAAUCAAAGGACGAUAAUAUCAGAAAACUAUGGCUGCACCUCCGAAGCCUACAAGAAUUGGCCUUGCUGGUCUUGCCGUCAUGGGUCAAAAUCUUGCCCUCAACAUUGCAGAAAAGGGCUUCCCCAUCUCUGUGUAUAACCGAACUACAUCCAAAGUUGAUGAGACUGUUGAACGGGCUAAAAGAGAAGGGGAUCUUCCUGUAUUUGGCUUCCAUGAUCCAGAAUCUUUUGUUCACUCAAUCCAAAAGCCUCGGGUAAUAAUCAUGCUGGUUAAGGCGGGAGCAGCUGUUGAUCAGACCAUAAAGACUCUCUCUGCUUACAUGGAGAAAGGUGAUUGUAUCAUUGAUGGGGGUAACGAGUGGUAUGAGAAUACUGAGAGGAGAGAGAAAGAAGUGGCUGAAUUGGGUUUGCUAUACCUUGGAAUGGGAGUUUCAGGUGGUGAGGAGGGUGCACGAAAUGGACCCUCUUUGAUGCCUGGUGGAUCUUAUGAGGCUUAUAAGUACAUUGCAGACAUUGUGCUGAAGGUUGCAGCUCAAGUUCCAGACAGUGGCCCCUGCGUGACCUAUAUUGGCAAAGGUGGAUCUGGAAACUUUGUCAAGAUGGUUCAUAAUGGAAUUGAAUAUGGUGACAUGCAGCUGAUUGCAGAGGCUUACGACAUACUAAAAUCAGUUGGAAAGCUGUCCAAUGAAGAACUGAGAAGUGUUUUUACUGAAUGGAACAAGGGGGAGCUUCUGAGCUUCUUGAUUGAAAUCACUGCUGAUAUAUUUGGUAUUAAGGAUGAUAAGGGAGAUGGAUACUUAGUUGACAAAGUUUUGGAUAAGACUGGUAUGAAGGGCACUGGUAAGUGGACUGUACAGCAAGCUGCUGAUUUAUCAGUCGCAGCUCCCACAAUUGCAUCUUCUCUGGAUGGAAGGUUCCUUAGUGGGCUAAAGGAGGAAAGGGUUGCAGCUGCAAAAGUUUUCAAGUCUGGUGGCUUUGGUGAUAUCUUGGCUGACCAAGAAGUGGACAAGGCAACGUUGAUUGACGAUGUGAGGAAAGCUCUUUAUGCAUCAAAGAUAUGUAGCUAUGCUCAGGGGAUGAAUCUGAUCCGUGCAAAGAGUAUUGAGCAGGGAUGGGACUUGAAACUGGGGGAACUGGCUAGGAUUUGGAAGGGGGGUUGCAUCAUCCGAGCCAUCUUUCUGGACAGAAUAAAGAAAGCAUACGAUAGGAAUCCUGAUCUUGCAAAUCUCCUUGUUGAUCCUGAGUUUGCAAAGGAAAUCAUUGAGCGACAGUCUGCAUGGCGAAAAGUGGUAUGCCUUGCUAUUAACUCAGGAAUCAGCACCCCAGGUAUGUCUGCUAGUCUUGCUUAUUUUGACUCCUACCGGAGGGAAAGACUGCCGGCUAAUCUGGUCCAAGCUCAACGUGAUUAUUUCGGUGCUCAUACAUACGAGAGGAUUGAUGUGGAAGGAUCUUUCCAUACUGAAUGGUUCAAGAUUGCCAAACAGCUUAAGGAUUAAGCCUUUGGUAUUUCUCUUAUAAUAACUCUCAAUAUGGAUGAUAACUUUAUGCUUUGGAAUCUAUGCCGGUAGAGUUUGCUCAAUCACCAUUUGGUAAAGACUAAAGAGCUAUCAAAAUUGGACUCAAAAUCCAUGUUACGAAUAAACAUUGCUGUACUUUUGUUUGUUAUAAUUGUGUCUUGGCAGAUCUGCCCUCCUUUCAUGUUUAGAUUUGAACUUCUUUUGAGUUUUUCCCGCUUAAAAGAAAUUUGUUUAUCACUAUGGGUGAUAGUGCUGUUAAAUCUUAAUCCCUGAAACAAGAAAUUAUUGAGGAGAAGAUUGGUAUUUUAAUCA